AUGGACGAUGGGAUGGACAUGGAUGACCUAUUCGGCGAUGCAGCAGACCUGUCACUCCCCACACGCCCUCCACCUUCGAAAGAACUCCAUCAAAGAAUCGAUGAGCUUCGGGGAGGUGGCUGCUGCCAGACCGUUGCUUGGUCAAAUUGGGGCUGCAUAGCAACUAUUACCGCAAAUGGGGUUGCCCUUGAAUUGAGGAAUCUUCGUUGUCAUCCAGGCACUGGCGAUUGGGGUCUUAGUGAACCAACCAUCACAAAUGCUUUCACUGCGACUUUGGACGGUGGUCCAUUGAAGCAUCUCUCCUGGAGUCCAACCGGCUCUGAAUUGGCUGUUAUUGAUUGUGCCGGACGAGUGACCAUUCUAUCUAUCUUUUCAUCUCUGAACAAACCUACUUUACAUAGACCAUGUACAGAGGAUCCAGUCGAUGAUCUAUACGGUGUUGUCGGAUGUUACUGGUUGAAUCUAGCCCCCUAUCCCCCAAAUCGCCCAACUUUUUUGAAUGGUCCAGCAAUCAAGGAGGGGUCCAACUAUCGGUAUGAGGCAUCCCAAGCCCCCGUAUUUGGACCCUUUCACCCAAAUCACGCCAAAUCCGCAUUGGUGUGCGUUACUACUAACGGUAUUUUGCGCGUACUAUGGCCCCAGAAUAAUGGCAAGUAUUAUGAAUCACAUACAGAACUGGAGAGUAUCGUGUCAUCUGAUGAUCUAAUCACUCACGCGGCGAUCUGCCCUGACAAAUCCAACACUUUACUGAUUGCUUUUGCUACAACCUCAAAGCAACUUCGAACUGUGCGUGCUUUGGUAGAUUGGGGUCUGCCUAAAACGGCUGAAAAGUUGCCUCCGGCUGCGCUGGUACUGAAUCCAACCAUCAAAACUCGCCAUCUUGCUGUGACGAGCUGGCUUCACGACUCACCAGCGGAGACUUUGAACGCUUCGAAUAUGGAGUCUUCGAUGGCCCAAUUAUCUCAUCUGGAAUUCUUGCCUUCUUGUGGCGAUGCGUCUGGCCGCAUAACUCCUGCUACUAUUGUCGCCAUUCGUUCCCAUCUACCAGUUUCAAUGACCCAUUACAAUCAAGAUGUUCACACGACCGUAGAUAGAUGGGAGAUUCGCGACAAGCCUCAGAGCGUUCACCCGGCCUUUGAACAGUUAAGUUCCCGAAGAAAUAGUAUUGGUUCUCAGCCACCAUCUAUUGUCUUUUUGAAAAAGCUUGACAGCUUUACUGUAAACAAGAUUGCGCUAACCAUGCAAACUAUGAACCUUGGCAAAGUCAUUUUCUUCGCGUAUAGCGAUAGCUCGGUAGAUUAUCGAGACCGUACUACGAUGGCUGAGACCUUUACUGAUCAAGACCUUGAUCGCGUUUGGCAUCUAUCCCAGAUCGGUUUCUCGUAUACAGAAGACGAACCUUUCGCAUUAUCACCGAGUUGCUGCUCCGUUGUGCAGAUUCGAAAUGAUGGCAAGAUCAAGUGGAAGCAGCUGGAUUAUCAUUUGGGCGAUAUAGGGUCAAGUAUGGAAGAUUCGCAAUAUUCAGCUGUAGUAGCAGCUCUAGCUCUUUCUUGCUCUACCUCAGUAAUGAGAAACGUUACUUAUGAUGAUUUACUUGCUACAGCCCACAAAUAUGUUAAGCUAAAUUUUGCUUAUGACUGGUUGAUCGAACUAUCAAAAAUACUGAAAGCACACAUGGAUUAUUCGGAAGACCAGCAUUACGACGUUCUCAUUAGGAAUACAACCAUCCAACUAUGUCUCUGUAUCCAGAACUCCCUCGGCUUUCAAGGAGAGUUUAACCCUAGAACGUUUUCGGGUAAGUUUGCUUGGUUGGUUCUCCAACUACGCAAUAUCGUCGUACUUGUAACAAUGGCCGCGAACCUGAACGUACCUGGUGCAAAUCCAAACGACAAGACAUCACCGCUUGAAGAUCCAGAGGUGAUCAAUGCGCUUGCGGGCUCUGUCCGCUGGGUCCUCGACUUUUUGGCUUGGUUAACAGAUACACUUCUCACACUUCCUACAACACUUUCUUCCUCAAUGGACCUUACAAAAGCUGACGGGUUCUCGCUACCCGAACUAUACGCCCACCUACGCUCUACGAACACAAUAUCACUACACCUCUUACUCUCCUCCGCAACCCGUGGGUUCCUAACAGCAAUCUGCCGGCGCCUCACCCAUCUCGACUACAUCGCCCGCAAAGCAAUGGUGCAUGGCACCACCAACCCAAACACGAACACGUCUCAACAACCAAACAACUCACCCGCUCUCUCGCCCGCUUUAAGGAGCGCAUACAUGCAAAUUGCAACCCUAACAAGCAACACAAUCAUCCGCGCCAAAACCAUGGAAACCCUCCUCGCCUCCCUAACAUCCCUCAUCAAAAACACAUACACCAACAACAACCCGCCCUACUCGGGCUCCCCACAAGCGGAAAAAGCACGCAACACGCUCGAGAUCAAGAUGCUCUUCUGCGGGCAGUUCCCGGAAGCCUUCAAAGGCGUCAUCGUGGAGCUCUUCCGCACCGAAGGCCUCCUCGAAGGCGUGCGCGGCGAGAUCGAGCCAGCGAAACUCUUCUUCGCCGACUUCGCGCUGCUGGAAGUGGAUGAGGAUGCGGUGAGUGUUGCGCGGCGCAAGGCGCAGAAGAGCACGAUUGAUUGUUUCCGCAAGGGCUGGCUGAGCAAUCCGCGCAAGGGCGAGGAGGGCAGGAGGUGGAGGAGGUGUGCUAGGUGCGCGGCGGUCAUGGAGGAUGUGUUGACGGAGAGGAGGGCGCUGCAGUGGUUGGUUAUGCAGACGAGACGCUGCUAUUGUAGUGGGUAUUGGAAUACGCUUGCGCCGGGGGAGAUGAUUGCUUGA